AUGCCAAAGUGGCAAGAAAAAACCAAGAAAGGCGACGACUACAAGGAAAAAAGAAAAAGGUAAAUCAAUCAAGAAUAGUGUCACAAAUCCUGGCAUCACCAGAAUCCAGAUGGACUAAGAAAGGGUAAAUAAAGACAAAUCAUUUUCUGUGACUUGGAUCGGUGGCCACCGUCAUCAACCUUUGUAAUUUUGCAGAACAAAAUCCAGCAUUUUUAUCCCCAAGUUUUAUUACCAGAAAAAAUACCUCAAAAAACCCAAAUAAUUCUCAUUUUCAGCCGGCAAUUAAACUAAAACCACAAACCCUUUUUUAUCUUUAUAAUUUUUGGGUUACCUUUACUCUUUGCAUACGCAAUCUUGUGGAGUAUUUUUUUCUUCUCAAUCUUGCAAUUUUGUUUUUAAUUGGAUUUUGUGGGUUUUCUCUCUGCAAUUAUUUGGAGAAAAGAGUCAAAUUUUGAGACCCAAAACAAGAUUUUUGCUGGGAAUCGAAUCUGCAAGAACACUGAUUGUGUUUAUUGUUGGAAAUAAAUUGCUAUUUUGGGAGAUUUCAAUCGGUUUCUCCAUCAGAUUGACUGAUUGGGGAAGAGAGAGAAAGGAUUAACAAGAUGUCUGGCUAUGCGGGUGUUGUUGUUUCUGACCCUUUGCUUCAUAGCCAGUUUACUCAGGUUGAACUUCGCAGCCUCAAAUCAAAAUAUACUUCGGUGAAGAAUCAUAAUGCUAAGGUCACUAUUGAGGACUUGCCACCGAUUUUGGCAAAGUUAAAAGCUUUUAAUCAGUCGUUUAAAGAGGAAGAUAUUAAGGAGAUUUUGAGUGAGUCGGCCUCGGAUAUGAAUCAAGAGAUUGAGUUCGAGGAUUUCUUGAAGGUUCAUCUGAGCUUCCAAGUUCGAGCAUCAGCUCAGCUUGGUGGCUCAAAGGACUCCUCUGCCUUUCUCAAGGCAUCAACAACUACCCUUCUUCAUACAGUUAGUCAAUCCGAGAAGGGAUGCUAUGUUCAUCAUAUCAACAGUUAUCUUGGUGAUGACCCUUUCUUGAUGCAAUUUCUUCCUUUAGAUCCCAAUAGUGACGAUCUUUUCAAUAUUGCGAAAGAUGGAGUUCUUCUCUGUAAGCUUAUAAAUGUUGCCGUUCCUGGCACAAUAGACGAAAGAGCAAUAAACACUAAAAGGGUACUGAAUCCUUGGGAGAGAAAUGAGAAUCAUACUUUGUGCCUUAACUCCGCCAAAGCCAUUGGAUGCACUGUUGUUAACAUUGGACCCCAUGACUUGGUUGAAGGCAGGCCACAUUUGGUGCUUGGAUUAAUUUCUCAAAUUAUAAAGAUUCAACUCCUUGCAGAUCUCAAUCUUAGGAAGACACCACAGCUAGUGGAGUUGGCCGAUGAUGCUGAUGACAUUGAGGAGCUCAUGGGUUUAUCCCCGGAGAAAGUCUUGUUGAAAUGGAUGAAUUUCCAUCUCCAGAGAGCCGGUUAUGAGAAAAUUGUCGCAAACUUUUCAUCUGAUAUAAGGGAUGCCAAGGCAUACACUUUCCUGCUCAACGUUCUUGCACCAGAACAUUGUGAUCCAGCCACAUUAGAUGCAAAGGACCCUAUUGAAAGGGCAAAUUUGGUACUUGACCAUGCAGAGAGAAUGGGCUGCAAGAGAUACUUGAAUUGUAAUGACAUUAUUGAAGGCUCAUCAAAUCUAAAUCUCGCUUUUGUUGCUCAGAUAUUUAAGAUGAGGAAUGGGUUGUCACUAGAUGGCAAAAAGGUUUCUUUUGCAGAGAUGAUGACAGAUGAUGUACAGACAUCUAGGGAAGGAAGGUGCUUCAGAUUUUGGAUGAAUAGCCUUGGUAUUGCCACCUACGUCAACAAUGUAUUCGAGGAUGUUAGAAAUGGGUGGGUACUGUUGGAAGCUUUGGAAAAGGUAUCUCCAGGAUCAGUCAACUGGAAGCACGCAACAAAGCCUCCGAUCAAAAUGCCUUUCAGAAAAGUGGAAAAUUGCAAUCAAGUGAUAAAAAUUGGGAAGCAAUUGAAGUUUUCCCUUGUGAAUGUGGCUGGAAAUGAUAUUGUUCAAGGAAACAAGAAGCUAAUACUCGCGUUACUGUGGCAGUUAAUGAGGUAUAACAUGCUCCAACUAUUGAAGAACCUAAGAUCUUUCUCCCACGGGAAGGAGAUCUCUGAUUCAGACAUUAUUAAUUGGGCUAAUUAUAAGGUGAAAUGCUCUGGGAGAAGGUCUCGAAUUUCGAGCUUCAAGGACAAAGGUCUUUCUAAUGGCCUAUUCUUCCUUGAACUUCUAAGUGCGGUGGAGCCUAGAGUUGUCAACUGGAACCUUGUCACCAAGGGUGAAAAGGAUGACGAGAAAAGGUUGAAUGCUAUAUACAUAAUCAGUGUUGCAAGAAAGCUUGGAUGUUCUGUCUUUUUACUGCCUGAGGACAUUAUGGAGGUAAAUCAGAAGAUGAUCCUGACUCUGUUGGCCAGCAUCAUGUACUGGUGCUUACAGCAGGAGGAUCUAGAAUCUUCCCCAUCCCUCUCAGAAUCUGCUACCGUCACAGAUAUAUCCUCUGCUGCUCCCUCAGUUCAAAGCGAGGAUGAGAGUUCCAUUUGUGGAGAAAUCUCAUCAUUUAACAUCGAUGACGCAGAAUCCGACUCAACUGUUUCUUCAGUGAUUGACAAUAUUGAAGAUGAUCAAUGAAGGGUAGUUUUUUUUUUUGUUUUGGUUUGGAAGACUUGAAUGCUGCACUCCUGGUGCAGCCGAGCAGGAGGUAAAUGAAAAACACGUCAAACACAAUAGGAGUUGUACAGAGGACAAUGUUUAUACAACAUAAUGUUAUGGAAAGUAGGUGCAAAGGUGCAAAGGUGCAAAGGUGCAAGAGUUGUGCAUGGGGCAGAGGUUUUUAUUACUGUUAUAGUACUAGCUUUUUUCGUGUAAGAUGAGCUUGUAUUUCCUAUGUUCAUCUGUGAUAUAUAAGUCUGUUUUCUCAUUUAUGUGCAUCUUUGUAAUUCCAUUUCCAUAGCGCUUUUUGAUGUCUGUCCUGAUUAAUAAUUAUAUGGUUUUCGUUUUUUGGUGUCUGUCCUGAUUAAUAAUAAUAUGGUUUGAUAAUAUAAAUUGCAUGUAUUCGAUCCUUCA